UACAUCAUCAACAUAGUAAGCAGGACUGUGAACUGACACUGACACGUUCCUCGUCAUCGUCCCCAACGACCAAACUCAAAGGUUUCUACUUUCAACUGAAGGAAACUGAUCCAUACUGCUGCACACCAACACUCCUUUCUUUUCCGUUAACAACCAACCACAUACAUCCAACACCACCAGAAUGUUCCUUUGGCAUUCAUUCUCCUUGUCUUGUCCAACCAAUGGUUGAAUUUAGUGGAAGGAGUUAACAUCAACCUCGGUGAAUUAUGGUUAAAUUCUCGUUAGAAAAGAUGUUCAUAUUUAGUACGUGACCUUAUCUUAAAUAAGUUUACCUAUGAAGGAGAAGACUUGUGUGAGAAACAAAAAAAAAAAUUCCCUUAAGCAAGGUUGGGUUCCCACUUUCAACUUUCAACCGAAACUCAAACUCCCCAUCACCACCGCACACCCAACAAAACACUCCUUUGCUUUCAGUUAACAGCCACAUCAUCAUCCAACAAGACCACAAUGUUCCAUUGACAUUCAUCCAUUUCCAUUAUCUUGUCCAACCAACAUGGAACAACCACCGGACACCACCACCAAUCUCUUCGACCACCUCUCGAAGGAGCUCCUCUACACCAUCCUGGACCACCUCAACGACGAUCCUUUCGCCAGAAAGUCCCUCUCCCAAUCCUGUAAGUCCUUCCACGCGCUCGAAGCCACGCACCGCACCAGCCUCAAGCCGCGUCGCCUCGAGUUCCUCCUCCCGAAAACCCUCCACCGCUACCGUUCCAUCUCGCACCUCGACCUCACGCUCUGUCCCUGCGUCGACGACGCCACUCUCAAAUCACUCUCCCUCGCUUGGCACUCCUCCCUUCGAUCCAUUGACCUCUCCAAGUCGAGGCUGUUCUCGCACGUGGGGCUGUCGGCUCUGGCCGUGAACUGCACGUGCCUCGUUGAGAUUGACUUGUCUAAUAGGCCUGACCUCACUGACUUGGCCGCCAAGGCAAUCGCGGAGGCUGUGAACUUGGAGAGGCUGUGCUUGGGGAGGUGUAAGGGAAUCACGGACUUGGGGAUUGGGUGUGUGGCUGUUAGGUGUAGUAGGUUGAGGCACGUUGGGUUGAGGUGGUGCAUUCGGGUAACUGAUUUUGGGGUGGGAUUGAUUGCUAUCAAAUGCAAGGAGAUUCGGAGUUUGGAUCUUUCUUAUUUGCCGAUCACAGAAAAAUGUCUUCAUCAUAUCCUUCAAUUAGAACAUCUAGAAGAUUUGGUUCUUGAACACUGCCUUGGCAUUGAGGAUCAUGGCCUUGCAACCCUCCAAGCAAGCUGCAAGUCAAUGAAGAUGCUUAACUUGUCAAAAUGUCAGAACAUUGGUCAUAUUGGCAUAGCUUCUCUUACAAGUGGUGCUCACAAUUUAGAAAAGCUUAUCUUAUCCUCCAGCCUGAGUGUUACUACUGAUCUAGCAAAAUGUCUGCAAAGUUUUCCUAGAUUGCGAUCAGUUAAACUUGAUAGCUGUCUGGGUACAAAGUCAGGAUUGAAAGCCAUCGGUAAUUUGGGCGCCUCACUCAAAGAACUGAACUUAAGUAAAUGUGUUGGAGUCACUGAUGAGAAUCUCCCCUUCCUUGUGCAAACACACAAAGAUCUAGAGAAGUUAGACAUAACAUGCUGUCACACGAUAACACAUGCAUCCAUAUCCAGCCUAACAAAUUCAUGUUUAAGGAUUACUUCCCUUAGAAUGGAGUCAUGUAGCUUAGUCAGCAGAGAAGGUUUUUUGUUUAUUGGACGGUGUCAACUAUUGGAAGAAUUAGAUGUCACAGAUACUGAAAUAGAUGACCAAGGGCUUCAGUCAAUCUCAAGAUGUACCAAACUUUCUUGUCUGAAGUUGGGCAUAUGUUUGAUGAUAACUGAUGAUGGACUUAAGCAUAUUGCAAGCAGUUGUUCAAAGCUCAAACAUCUUGAUCUCUAUAGGAGCUCAAGAAUAACUGAUGAGGGAAUUGUUGCAGCUGCCCUUGGCUGUCCUUCACUUGAGGUUGUUAACAUUGCUUAUAACAACAACAUCACAGAUACUUCAUUAGAGUCUUUUUCAAAAUGCCAGAAACUAAGAACUCUUGAAAUCCGAGGGUGCCCUCGUAUUUCACCAAAGGGUCUCUCAAAUAUUGCUUCCAAGUGUAAGUAUCUCGAGAUGCUGGACAUAAAGAAGUGCCACAAAAUUAAUGAUACUGGAAUGAUUCAGUUGGCUCAACAUUCUCAAAACCUAAAACAUAUAAAGCUGUCAUAUUGCUCAGUAACAGAUGUGGGGCUCAUUGCACUUGCUAGCAUAAGCUGCUUGCAGCAUGUAUCCAUUUUUCAUGUGGAGGGUUUAACUUCAAAUGGCCUAGCAGCUUUCCUUUUGGCUUGUCAAAAUUUGACUAAAGUGAAGUUACAUGCAUGCUUUGAGUCAUUGAUACCUCAACAAAUUCUAAAUUACAUGGAAGCUCGUGGCUGCACGCUUGUGUGGAGGGAUAAAACUUUUGAAGCUUCCGGGUGGGACUAGAUCGAAAAAGAUGGAAGCUACAUGCUGGAAGGAGUUUGUAAGUUCCAUAAGCAGAAACAAAUGCAAAGUUUUAGUUUUGUUGGCAAUUGGCUUCACAAAAGCUUUGGAUGUUUAAUUUUACUGGUAGAUUUUAUUCAGAAAGUGAAAACCUUUAUUAUUUUCUGGCAAAAAAAAAAUGUUUGCCAAAUCUUUGUUUGGUCGUUCUGAAAUUAACUACAAUGACAAAGUUGUAGUUGCUAGGCUUGUCUUGUCUCCGACAGAGGAAGCAAUUAAAAAACCUCCUUAAGAGGACCUUCAAUAGUUGUUCUUACACCUAGAUCUUAGAUGCAAGAACGAAUCUUGUUAAAAUCUGUACUUGGGGGGACCGAUUUGACCUCCAACAUUAUAAGGUUAUUCUGGUAGAAAAACACUUCAAAAUCAACAUGCAGACCCCACAAAAAUGAUAUUUUAA